AGACGUAGUCCAGUCUCGAACCGGACAUAACGCGUUAAAAAACAAAUAAUUAUAAAACAAUAAUAACUUAUACUAAAAACAAUUUUAAGUAACAGUGAAAAAUAAAACACAUUUUAAGUAUAAAAAAACAAUUUUAACUCCAAAUAAAAACAAAAUAUAAAACAAUAUUCUUUAUUCAAAUCAAAUAAAAAACAAAACAAAUGUGACGUUUUUAAAAAAUAGAAUUGAUAAUAAAAUUAGUGUUAUUUUUACUCAAAAAAUUAUGUGUGUUUUUAUUUUAAUGUUAAAAUAAAACAGUGUUUAUAUUGUUUUUCUUAGUGUUUAUAUUAAAAAUUUAGUGUUUUUUCUAUAAGUAACUUUAAUCUGUUAUAUACUUUGUUUAUAAGUUAAAGUGUGUAGCUAAUAGUUAUAUAAUUGACCGUCAUUAAACUUUGCGUGUUUGUAAGUAAAUAAUGCGAACAUGGGCAGAACGUGGGCUCUCACCUCUCUACUUGCAUUCUCCGUGAUAAGCAACGCCACGGGGCAGUACUAUGAUGUCCUCCAGGGUCUACAACAACUGUUUCAGCAGUAUCAGCCACAGGACUUUAUCAACCAACAAUACAAUGUACCUACAAAACCACCACAGAAUUGGAGACAUCAGGGAAAUCGCCGAACUCAAGCGCCUACAAACCAAUACGAAUAUACCUUCGCAACAACAGAGCACCCUGUCUUAAGAAAGAAUUCUAGUCAUACAAAUUUCAACUCUCGUAACCUAUCUAAUAAGAAUGAAAAUAGCAAUGUUCUACUUGGUGACUUAUACCCCUAUGGGACUACUAAGGCACCUAAGUUAAGAGGUAAAUUUACUACAACAGAAAGAUAUAACAAUAUCUAUUUUAACAACGAUGUUAGAACUACUGAUAAUGUAUUUGGUAGUGAUUUCAUAAGACCGGUCACAGAAAACAUUUUUGCUCCAAAACCUGCCAACUUGAUUUAUGAAAGCCAUAAUUAUGAGACCAAUUACCCCAAUAAUGGUAAUCGGAACCAAAAUUAUAAUAUAAACAGAGGAAUACUCAACACUGAUUAUAAUACAGAUUACACAUCUAAUAAUAGGAACCCAGAAUCUUACAACAAUAACAGGGGUAAUUCAAAUAGACGAAUUAAUAAUGAGAAUAGCAACGGCAAUAGAAAUACGAAUUUUAAUGGAUUUUUGAAUACAGAUAGUCCUAAUUAUGACAGACCUGAUAAUAAAAGACCUUUUGAAACCCAAGAUUAUAAUAAUCAAGCCGGUAAUAGGGGUGAGAGUAACUAUAACAGAGUACCUACUACAUUUGAAAUACCAAAUUUUAAUCAAGAUGGAAACAGAGGUGGCAAUUACAAUCAAAAUUAUCCUUCGGAUAAUCCGUUAAUCAACCGCCCAGGGGUCAAACCAGCGCCGGUAAAUGAUGACCUGCCUCCGAUAACAAAUAGACCAGUUUUCAAUAACAAUAAUGGUUAUAAUAGACCAACAGAAAGACCUGUUGAAACGAAUGGUGAACCUGAAAUAUUGAUAGGACCUGAUGAAGAUGAUAUGAGUGAUAGAGAGAAGAGGAGAUAUGAAGAUAUGACGGAGAGGAUGUGUGAGCGCUACAAAGCGCUGACGAUCAAGAAGAUAGUAGCACUACCCCUGGUACCGUCUCCGGACCCAGUGGAAGUGAACGUGUCGGAUUGUACCCCCAUAAACGUCCCCCUAAUUAUUGGGGGUAAGGUCGUCAGUAUUAAGGAGUUUCCACACAUGGCCCUGAUUGGCUGGCAGAAGCUUAAGAAUACUGGCUACUCCUGGAAAUGUGGUGGUUCCCUCAUCAGUGACCAGUACGUGCUGACUGCCGGACACUGCACCUAUCAGGAUAAAGAUUAUGAUGUCGUCAGUGGACCUCCUCAAGCAGUCCAGCUUGGCUCCUCCUACCUGGACGACCCUGGGGCGCUGGUGGUGAAGGUACAAGCAGUCAUCAGACAUCCGAAGUACAAGCAGAGGAGAGCGUACCAUGACAUAGCGCUGAUCAAACUGGCUAAUAAAGUCAAAUUCUCUGAAGUGAUACGUCCAGCGUGUCUCGGAGAGCCUCCACCGGAGGGAAAGAGCAUCAUCGCCACUGGAUGGGGAAGGACUGAAUUUGGAGGAGACCACUCCUUCGUCCUCCGAUCCGUGUCCCUCCCAGUGUGGAACAUGGAGGAGUGCCGUGAGGUCUGGGGGACUUCGCUGAAGCUCCCUAACGGGGUGACUGCGGACAGCCAUUUAUGUGCCGGCGAGAAAGUUGGGGGAAAAGAUACUUGUCAGGGUGACUCAGGCGGCCCGGUGCAACUGCAGUCCGGAUGCGUAUGGCGAGUAGUAGGAGUGACAUCGUACGGUAGAUCCUGUGGAGCGCCACACACCCCGGCGCUGUAUGCGAGGUUACCCAGAGCGUUCGUUGGAGCUCAGUUGUUUGGAGAGAAUUAUCAAUAAAUAAUAAUAUUAUUAAUAUAUGUUGUUUUAUGACUUA